UUCACGGAGAAAGGAAACUCGGACGAGAGCUCACUCGACAGGAACUCCGCCUCUGCCGCUGGCACCGAAGAGAAGAGGGAGCGCUCCGACGCCGAGCAGGCGCGGGCGUUCUUGGCGGAGAAGCGAACGUCGCCGCUGGACACUCCGGAGCGUCUGAGCCCGGCCAAGAGGUCGAAGCCCCUGGAGGACAAAACCCCAUCGCACGACCAGGUGUACCAGUGUCCGUACUGCACAUUCACCUGUGGCUGUGGUCGUCGGCUGCAGACGCACGUCGCCCGGCAGCACUCCUCCCUGCAGCAGCAGCAGCAGCAUCAGCAGCAGCACCAGCAGCAAGCCCCGGCAGCGCCGGCGCCCGGCAAUGGCGGCGGCGCGGUGCCCAUGGCGGCGGCCGCCCUGCUGCGCUGCCCCCUGUGCCAGGACGCGCUGAGCAGCCGCAUUCACCUGCAGCUGCACCUGACCCACCUGCACAGCGUCGCCGCCCACUGCAUCCCCAUGCUCAUGCAGACGGUCUCCGGUGACGAGAGCGCCGUGCCAAACGACGCGUUUUUCCCCGGCGUUGGCGUGGCCGCCGACGGAACGAACACCGACAUGAGCCGUGGCGCGGCGAAUUCGGCGGCGACGACCAUAGCCACGGUGGAAAACUUCGCCUAUACAGGCGAGGAUGGUGAAAAGUCCGAGAGGCCCGGCACGUCCCGAGAGAAGGCCUCGCUGGGCGUGGGCGCGAGUGGCGACCAGAAGGGCUUCCUGUGCUGGAAGAAAGGGUGCGGGCAGCAGUUCGUGACGCCCGGGGCGCUGCAGGCCCACUUCGCCGAGGCCCACGCCAAACAGCGGCAGCAGCAGCAGCUGCAGCAGCAGCAGCUGCAGCCGCCGGCCGGAGCCAUCGCGGAGCAGCGAGCGGUGGCGGCGGCUAGCAAGCACCGCUGCGGGCAGUGCGGCGCCUGCUUCAAGAGCCCCGACAAGGUGCUGGCUCACCAGCAGCUGUGCUGCCAGCCCGCCGCCGCCACCGCGGCCGCCUGCCCGCUGUGCCCGCAAAACCUGCGCACGCCCGCGGCCCUCGGCAGACACCUGGAGUCGAGCCACCCGGAGCUGAGCGACGGCGACGUGCGCCAGAUCUGCGGCAGCGUCGGCAUCGGCUUCCGGGUCGGCCGCCGGGAACCGUCGCCGGCCGAGGGAGGAGGCGAGGAAGGCGCGGCGGUGCACGACGGCGACAGGGGCGACGCGGAGGGCCCCUCCGAGGCGGAGGGCGGGCACGGCGGCACCGCGGAGGCGGGCGAGGGCGCGCCGGAGUGCGACGACUUGCUGGGCGACGCCAAGCGGGCGCUGCCGUUCCGCAAGGGCACCAACUUCCUGAUGGACAAGUUCCUGGACCCGUCACGGCCGUAUAAGUGCACCGUGUGCAAGGAGUCGUUCACGCAGAAGAACAUCCUUCUCGUGCACUACAACUCGGUGUCGCACCUCAACCGCCUGAAGAAGACACUGCAGGGCUCAGGCGGGCCGUCCGGCGGCGCCGCGCAGGGCGACGCCGCCGUGAGCGCCGGCGACAGCAAGCCCUACCGGUGCGCCACCUGCAACGUGGCCUACAGCCAGAGCUCCACGCUCGAGAUCCACAUGCGCUCCGUGCUGCACCAGACAAAGACGCGGGCGGCGCUGCAGGAGUCGGCCGCGGCGGCGUCGGGCGGCGGCAAAGGGGACGGCGCCGGCGCUUCGGCGAGCGCCGUUCAACAGGCCGCGAGCGACUACACCAAGGCCCAGGCGGCCCCCGGUGGCUCGGCGCACAAGCCGGAGGCGGCGCCGGAGUAUGCGGAGGCGCUGAGGAAGGCGCACGCGGAGGCGCCGCCGACGCCGUCGUCAGGCCAGCAGGCCCAGGCACAGGCCCAGGCACAGGCCCAGGCACAGGCACAGGCUUUGGCACGCGCCCAAACGCAGGCCCUGGUGCAGCAGGCGCAGGUGCAGUUCCAGCAGGAGCUGCAGCAGCAGCAGCAGCCGGCCUUCCUUCAGCACCAGCUCUUCAACCCGGCACUGCUGCCCCCUUUCUCCAUGACGACGGAAGCCUUCAUGCAGCUGCAGCAGCAGCAGCCGUUCUUCUUUCCCUUUGGUCUUUCCGGCGCCGACCUUCAGCUGCACCAGGAGAUGGUCCUGCCCGGGUCGUCCGGCGCGUUCGCCAUGUCCAGCGCGGCCGCCUCCAUCCUGGGAGAGCUGAAGUCGCAGCAGCAGUGGCAACAGCAGCAGCAGCAGCAACAGCAACAGCAGCAGCAACAGCAGCAGCAGCAGCAACAGCAGCAGCAACAGCAGGCGCUUCAACUCCUGAGCGAGGAGAUCGAGAAUCGGAGCGCCGAGGAGGACGAGAAGAUGGAGGAGGCGCAGGAAGAGGAUGUCGACGGCGAGUCGACGACGACACCGGCGGCGGGCCCCGGCGAGGAGCCGGGCGACGCGCAGCACCAGCAGCCGGGCGGCUCCGAGGAACGCGUGCCGCCGCCCAGGAUUCCGGCGUACGCCCGGGGCAAUGCGGUGCGAGCGCUGCUGGAGAACUUCGGCUUCGAGCUGGUGAUCCAGUACAAUGAGAACCGGCAGAGGUCGGCGCGGCGGGAGGAGAGUGCCGCGCCCGCCGACGCCUCGGGCAAGAUCGAGUGCAGGGACUGCGGCAAGCUCUUCUCCAACAUCCUGGUACUCAAAAGCCACCAGGAGCACAUCCACCUCCAGAUCCUGCCCAUCGAGGAGCUCAGCCGCUACUCCAAGCAGUACCGCAAGACCUACGACAAGGUCUACCCGAUCAGGCCGGACUCACCCGAGAUGCAGGCGCUGCCAGCGCAGCAGCAGCAGCUCCAGCAGCAGCAGCUCCAGCAACAGCAGCUCCAGCAGCAGCUCCAGCAGCAGCUCCAGCAGCAGCUCCAGCCGCCGCCGCCUCCGCCGCCGCCCCCUCCUCCGCCCGCAUCCACCGCCCCGAAGCUGGCCACCCCUCCAGCCACCCCGCAGCCCGCGCAGCAUUCGCCCCACCAGAUGGUGUUGUCCCAGCUGGCGCUGCCCCUGGACCAGCUGCCCAUGCUAUCGCCGCUGAUGAUGCAGCCGAUGCAGCUGCAGUCGAUGGCGUCGCAACUGUCCUCGCAGUUCAUGCCCAUGGAGUCGAUCACCGCCGACUUUGUGCAGCUCUACCACCUCCACCACCAGCAGAAGAUGCAGCAGCAGCAGCAGCAGGCGGUGGACUCGGCCCUGCUCCUGCAGCAGCAGCAGCAGCAGAGCAAGCGGCCGCGCACCCGCAUCACGGAGGAGCAGCUGAACGUGCUCAAGGCCUACUUCGACAUCAACAACCUGCCGAGCGACGAGCAGAUCCAGGAGAUGGCCGAGAAUACGGGCCUCUCGCACAAGGUCAUCAAGCACUGGUUCCGCAACACGCUGUUCAAGGAGCGCCAGCGCAAUAAGGACUCGCCCUACAACUUCAACAACCCGCCCACCACGAGCCUCGACGAGCUGCGUGCCGAGCCGCCGGCGGUGCCGGCAGCACCGGCGGUGCCGGCAGCACCGGCGCUGCCCCCCAUGCCGGUGCCGUCCCCCGAGCUCCCGACCCAGCAGCUGCAGCAGCAGCAGCUGCAGCAGCAGCAGCUGCAGAUGGAGACGCUGUCGAGCCGGCGCUCGAGCCGGACGCGCUUCACCGACUACCAGCUCAAGAUCCUGCAGGACUUCUUCGACGCCAACGCCUACCCCAAGGACGACGAGCUGGAGCAGCUGUCCGGCCUCCUGAGCCUGCCGACGCGCGUCAUCGUCGUGUGGUUCCAGAACGCGCGGCAAAAGGCGCGCAAGAGCUACGAGAGCCAGAUCGAGGGCAGGGACGGCGAGAAGCGCGAGGUGCUGCUCAACGACCGCUACGUGCGCACCGGCAACAUGAACUACCAGUGCCGCAAGUGCAGCGUGGUGUUCCAGCGCAUCUUCGACCUCAUCACCCACCAGAAGAAGCACUGCUACCGCGACGAGGAGGACAGCUACACGCGCGAGGACAACCAGAUGGACGACUCGUCCGACGCCACCGACAUGGGCAACUCGUCGGGCUAUACGCCACCGCCGGCGCAGCCGCAGCGCGACGCGCCGGCCCCCUCGUCGUUCCAGACGCCCGACGGCGACUCCCGCGGAGCUCCGAGCCCCAAAACCGAACCGGCCGAGGAGAAGCCGAAGGAAGGCAAGGUGGCGAGGGAGCAGCAGCGGGAGCAGCAGCGGGAGCAGCAGCGGGAGCAGCAGCGGGAGCAGCAGCGGGAGCAGCAGCGGGAGCAGCAGCGGGAGCAGCAGGAGCAGCAGCUGCAGCAGCAGCUGCAGCAGCAGCUGCAGCAACAGCUGCAGCAGCAGCAGCUGCAGCUGCAGCAGCAGCAGCAGCUUCAUCAGCUGCAAAGUCAGCAGGAAGAGCAGCCAAAACCAAAACCGAAUCAACCUCAGAGCAGCCAUCAUCAUCAUCAGCUGCUAUCGUCGUCGUCGUCGUCGCAGCAGGGGCCGAUGCAGCCGGCGCCAUACAACAGCCUGGCGCUGCAACUGCUGCCCUACCAGUGCGAGCAGUGCAAGCUCUCGUUCCCCACCUUCGAGCAGUGGCAGGAGCACCAGCAGACGCACAUGCUCUCCGCACAGAACCCCUUCGCUCACCCGCCCUCUGUCCUGGAGCGCCCCGCGGAGAUGCCCUUCGUGAUGUUCGACCCGCGCUCCGGUUCGCUCGUGCCGGGCGCCCCGCCGCACGUCCUGUCACAGUCGGCGCCGUCGCCCGCGACGCCGGCGUCGUCCGCCGGCACCGAGGAGAGGGCCGACGUCGGGGGCAAGGUGGACGGCGAGCGGCUCGACGAGCCGCACAAGGACAAGCGGCUGAGGACGACCAUCACACCCGAGCAGCUGGAGGUGCUCUACGGCAAGUACAUGAUCGACUCGAACCCCACGCGCAAGAUGCUGGACCACAUCUCCAGCGAGGUGGGCCUCAAGAAGCGCGUGGUGCAGGUGUGGUUCCAGAACACGCGCGCCCGCGAGCGCAAGGGCCAGUUCCGCUCGUUCGGCAUGGUGCAGGCCCACCGGCGCUGCCCGUUCUGCCGCGCCCUCUUCAAGGCCCAGACGGCGCUCGACACGCACAUCCGCUCGCGCCACUGGCACGAGGCGCGCCAGUCGGGUUACAACGUCUUCCCGUCGCCCGGCGCGCCGAGCCCCGGGCACACGCAGGCCAAGGACGGCGGCGGCAUCGGCGGCAUCGGCGGCGGCGGCGGCUUCGAGCACUCGCUCAGCAUGGUGUUCUCCCAGCCGCCGUUCGGCAUGGGCGCCGGCUGCGACAACCGGUCGGCGCUGCUGUCUCAGAUGAAGAUGAUGGGCGACAACUCCCCCACCGGGCUCAGCCACUCCCCCAUCAACGUCGAGAGCAGCUUCUGCGACAAGGCCUCGUUCAUCCCCAAGGUCGAAGGGUCGAUGGCGGGCGGCGCGGCGGAAGGCGACGCCUCGGCCUACGACGACGACGAUGGCCGCGGUGGUGGCGGCUCGUCGGAAGACGGCCGCCCGUCCGGCGCGAGCGCGGCACGCGGCGAGAACGGCGACGGCCUCUCGGCCGAGGCGUCGACCUCCGACUACGUCCGGCCGAAGACGGAGGACGAGGCGCCGUUUCAGCCGACGACGCCGGCGCUCGGCAGCGAGAGCGGCGACGGCGUCUCGUCGUCGGGGCCGGUGAGCCCCGGCCUGAGCCUCUCGACGACGCUGGACUUCGAGAUGAACGACUACAGCGAGACGUCCAGCCUGGCCGACCCGCGCACCCCGAGCCCGCUGGGCGGCCUCGCCUUCUCGCAGUCCAAGCUGUCGUCGUCGUCCGACGACCGUCCGGGCCACAAGCGCUACCGCACCCAGAUGUCCAACCUGCAGCUGAAGGUGCUCAAAGCCUGCUUCGGGGAGUACCGCACGCCCACCAUGCACGAGUGCGAGAUCCUCGGCAACGACAUCGGGCUGCCCAAGCGCGUCGUGCAGGUGUGGUUCCAGAACGCGCGCGCCAAGGACAAGAAGUUCAAGCUGAGCGUCGCCAAGCAGUUCGGCGCGGAGGCCGCGGUGGCCGCGGGCGGCGGGGAGGGCGCGGCGCCGCGGGGGGGCCGCUGCGGGCUGUGCGGCGUGCAGUACACGGCGCGCCUCUCGGUGCGCGACCACGUCUUCUCGCUGCAGCACAUCGGCAAGCUCAAGGAGAGCCUCGGCAGCCAGCUGGACGGCGAGAAGUUCCUCGACCCGGCGCUCUUCCGCCAGUUCAUGGCCCAGCAGGAGCUCGACCGCAUCAAGAAGGCCAACGAGAGCAUCGGCCUUCCCCAGCAGCAGGCAAUUCAAGUCACGAAGCACCCCGCCACGUUCCACAACGGGCCCCAAGUGCCGGGCCUGGGCCUCGCGUCGGCCUACUCGGCCGUUACCGGGCUCUCGCCGAUGCUCAUGCCGGGCGUUGGGGGCUCCCCGGCGCUGCCCAACUUUGGGCCGUCUCCAGCAGCAAUGACGACGCCCAAGGCAGCUCUCAUCGGCUUCCCCAUGUCGGCGAUCCCCUCGCCGGGUCUCACCGCGCCCGCCGCGGUCCCCAGCAAAUCACCGCAACAGCAGCAGAACGCCGGCACCGCGCCGCAGUCGCCGGGCAAUGAGAGGAGCAAAGACGCCGCUGGCGACGACCAGGACACCGACGAGCGGCAGAAAUCGGACGCCGCGGCGAAGCACGACGAGUCGGACGCGGUCGUCCAGCAGGCGCAGUCCGACCAGGCCCAGCUGCGGGCCCUGCAGGCCGCGCUGGCCGGCGAGUCCAACGCGACGGCGGCGGCCGCCCUCCUCGCGGGGCAGCUGCUGCCCUGCUUCGGGCUGCCCACGCUGCCGCCGUACUUCAACGGGCCGCAGCUGCCCACGGCGGCGGCGGCCGCGGCCGUGCUGCAGGGCGGCUACCUCCAGUCGCUGUACGGAAUGGACGCCUCGGGCCUCUUCCCCUACGGCCCGGCCUUCGCGCAGGCCGCCCUCGCCAACGGGCUGGCGGCCGGCUCGCUGCUGCAGCAGCAGGUGCAGCAGUAUCAGCAGAACGUGCAAGAGGUGCUGCAGCAGCAGCAGCAGCAGAUGACGCAGGCGGCGCAGCCGUCGAACGGCUCCGCGCAGGGUCGGCACGACAGGGGCGGCCAGGACGCGAAGGAGGCGGGCGACGGGGCGGACGACGGCGCCAGGCCGCCGGGCAAAGGCAAGGGGGCGGCGGACGCCCCGACGAAGCCGAGCCUGGCGGAGCACUGCGAGAUGAAGUGCAGCCUCGUGUGCCGCAAGUGCCAGAUGGUGUUCUCCGACGAGACGCUGGCGCUGGCCCACCAGAAGUCGCUCUGCUACUUCGGGCUGGGCAAGGUGGACGCGCGGGAGACCCUGGUGCGUGUGCCCUCGGGCCAGUACCAGUGCAAGGCCUGCGACGUGACCCUGCUCGGGGAAGACGGCCUGCGACGCCACCUCCAGUCGUCCUCGCACCGGCAGCAGGUCGCGGCCAAACGAGCUUCGUCCGACGCCAAAGAGCAGCAGCAGCAGCACGCUAGACUAUUAUUACCUCACUCCUUUCGCGCCACUGAUUCCGCAUCUACCUCGCAGCAGCAGCAGCAGCAGCCCAUGCCGGAUGACGGCGGCGGCGGCUUCUCGGCAGCCGGCUCCUCGUGCGCCGCUCCCGUCGCCUGCGCCAAAUCGUGGCCGCCGUUCGCCACGCCCGUGACGCCGCCGUCGCUCCCGCAGACGCGCUUCUUGCCCGCCCUCGUCACGGCCUCCCUGGCGAACUCGGCCGCGGUGGCGGCGGCGGCCGGGAUGGACGCGCAGGUGCCGGCGGCGGCGGCGGCGGCGGCGGCGCCCCAGCCGCCGGUUUCGCUGAGCGGGUGCUCGGGCGACGCGGACCAGGGCGGCCAGGCGACGUCGCUGGCGAGCGAGCGCGCCAUCGCGGCGUACGGCAUGAUCUCCGAGCGCGAGUCGCAGAGCGUGGGCUCGUAGAGGCGUUCCGCUCGCGGGCGCUCGCGACGCUCGGUUUUUAUAGAUAGCUUUAAACAAAACUUUGAAAAAACAAAAACCAACAUAAAAACGGAGACACGAUCAUUUACUGUGCAUGUAUUAACCCGUUGGUACAUUCCUUUUAUUUUUUGAGAACUAUUUUUUAUUUGUUUUCCCAAGGGUGUCGGCCUUGCGUAUUGUUGUGUCGGGAGCCGUUGCGGCGUGAAGGCGACUCGUGGGUUUUGCUAAAGAGGAGGAGGGAGGAGGAGGAGGGAGGAGGUCGCCUUUAAAUGUACCGGCGCCAACGUGGAGAAGAGCGUGGGAUGGCAGGAGAGGACGCGUCCGGGCGGGGGCGAGGGGCCUGGGUUUUGCUCGUCGCAAGCGGAAGAAAACCCCCAACGUCGCGGCGUUUGACAAAAGGGCUUCCUCCGCCCAGCACCCCGGAGAAAGACCAACACGUUGCAUCGAGAGAGACAGAGAGCAGGGGAAGAAACACUCAAUUCGGGCCAAGCUUUAAUAACAAUAACAAACAACAACAACAACCGAACGAUGUCAUUGACGACGACGGCGCGUCGAAUCGUUAAGCCGUCGGUGCCACGGACGGCUCUCCCUGAGUUUUUGCCGGCAACUUUAAGGGCAGCCUCCUGCGGGGGGGGGG